AUGUCUCAUCCACAAAGUGCGCAAGGAAACGAUAAUUUACCGCAAGGUGAUUGCGAUGUUUGUUGUUCAAAUGAAAUUAACACUCAUCAAGUGCAUCAAGCACAAAAUCCUGUAAAUACAAAUAUGCCAGUAAUCCCAACGAUGGUGCCGAACCAAGUUAUGCAGUAUCCAGUAGCACAGCAAGCUCCAAACAUACCGCCACCGGUUCAAGGUCAACCACUUGCUCUGUACACAGCUUAUCCUACAAUAAUGUUGCAGCCAAAUUAUGGAUAUCAACAUCCGAGUCAUUAUUUAGCUUAUUAUCCACAGAAUAAUUCAGUUAAUGCGGUGCCCAAUGUCCCCCAAUCACCCCAUUAUAAUCAACCAGACGUCAGUAGAGAAACUCCUACGCCAGAAUCCGAGCCAAUCACGCCGGAAUCAUCUCCACCAGUUAAGCAUACACAGCCAAAGUCACCGCGUGUCAAUCCGAAGAGUCCACCGGAAAAUUAUCAAUUAAGCCCACAACCUCAGUCUCAGUAUACAUGCGCACCAAGUAAUGCUCAAACGACUGUUACUCAGAGUAGAAUCCAGCCUAAUUCUAGUCAUCAACAAAGUGUUCCAAAAAGUAAUCAGCAUUCAGUUUCUACUUGCGAUCAAUCUUGUAAUCAAUCCUACAACCAAUACUAUGAAAGUUAUCAACAUAAUCAACAUUAUGCACAGCCCAUAGCUGUUAAUCCUCAAUAUCAAGCCCCCCCUGUUAAUAUUCAUAAUCAAAUCCCACAAAAUUACCCCCAACAAGUCGCUUCUAAUGUUCCGUACAAUCAAAAUGCCCAAUGGAUUAACCAACAGGGUAAUUAUGCUGCCAGCCUGCAGCAACAUUAUCCACAAGUUAAUUAUGAACAACCUAUCAGUGCUCAACAUCAAAAUUACCCCAUGAGUGAUCAAGUUUACAAUAGACAUAAUCAAGCAUACGGAAUGGCAGCGAAUACUCACGGGCGGAGUUUUGCAGGUCAUCAGCGAUUGCCUGAAGCAUAUCCACAACAUACUGCCCCCAAUUAUCAACAUGAUUUAACAGCAUACAGCCGAGAGUCUAGUCAUGCACGUAAUCAACAGUACAGUUUACUAGCACACGUUAAUCAUCAACAUCCUGGUUAUAGAAGCGCUCAACACAUGGUACCAGAAAGUAACCAAACUGUAAAUGUGUAUCACCAAAAACCAGCUCCAGCUAAUAGUUGUGAUCAAAGUGCUUUAAUAUCUAGUCAACAAUAUGUUUCAGCAACUCACACUCAACAGACUGUUAUGGCAACAUCACCUCAAGUUAUUUCACAUACUAAUCAGCAAAUUUAUACUGCUAAUUCUCAGCAAAAUAUUCCACACAAUUAUUAUCAAGGAGCUGCACCGAAUAUUCCAGCUCAGCAGAUUCCACCUCAAUACAGAUCAACUGGUCAAGAUCAACUUCCACAGGACAGUAGAAAACCUAUUUCUUCUCCACAAAGUUCUGUGAAUAUAAAUCAGAAUCUUCCUGCACCUAACUAUCCUCAACAAGCAAACUAUCAACUUGUUCCUAUCCCUGUACAAGAAAUUCAAAGAACCAAUCAACAACCCAGUUCCAGUAUUCCUGAAAGCAACUAUCAAGCUCCAAUAAAUCAGAGAAAUCAAUACCAAACCACCAGACAGUACCAUCACAACCAAAACAGGCGAAACGAGGGUUAUUCCAAGCCGACAAAUAAUUCUAACCAGAGAACAUUUUCAGGGCAAAGUUAUAGUAGUGAUAAACCACCAGCGCUGAUGAGCUCGACACCUCAAACUACAAUAUUAAAGCAUUCUGGAGCACCUGAAGCAGAAUUAAACCCUGUAAACGUUCAGGGUAAAUCACAUGUGACGUUUCAAGAUAAUACUAGGCCGGAGAACAUUCAUUCACAUAAUGCUAGUGCGCCGUAUGCUGUUUUGAGAUCUUUUCAUCGAAAUAUGGUGAGAAUGCCACAGUAUCCGCAACCUCCACCAAGACCAUCUAGACCUUCUAACCCACAAUAUCAAUCUUAUCCAAGAUGUCCUCAUGCGCAGAACUUACCGUCUUAUAAUUCAGGGCUUAGAGAGUCGAUUCAUUCUGGGAACACUGGGACUAUUCGCAAACAAUCUGGUAAUUUGAAUGCCCCUGUUGGAUUAACUAACAAGCCUGUAUCAUCAACAACACAUCAGGAUGCUCCGAGAACUAUUUUAGGACGGCCUGAGCAAGGUUCGGAUCAGGAAAUUAAAAAGAUACGGCACUCUUUAUCACCAAAUUUUACAUACGAUUCAGAAGUUCAAACAAGUUUAGAAAGCACUGCUAUAAAUCCGCCAGAAAAAUUAGCACAACAACAACAACAACAACAACAACAACAACAACAACAACAAAGCUCUAAUUUAAAACCUCGGUCGGAUUCGUCAGAAACUUCUGUAGCAGCUAGCUCUGGGCCGCCUAAAAAGGACUCGACUCUCAUCACUCAACCCAGUGAAAAAGAUAAAUCUUUACCAGAACCGGUAGUUGAAAAAACUAAUGAACGUUCGGUGAAUAUUGUUCCAGAUGCACCUCAAACUGCAAAAUCUUCAACAUCAGUUGCAAUUAAUCAGCAAGAAAUUAAACAGAACCAACCUGAAAAAAGAUCAUCUUCAAGUGCUCUUGAUACUGCCGGCUCAGUAAAAGUUACUUCAAGUGGUUCUACUACUAAAAAUGAAUCUAAAGAGACUAAAAGAGAUUCUUCAAGUAGUUCUACUUCUAAAGAGAUUAAAAAAGAUACACAAAUAAGUGUAAAGUCUAAAGAUUUAUCGGUAGAGUCUCAAAAAUCCGAAAGUCAAUCUAAAUUGAGCUAUUCAUCGAUUCUUGCGGCAAGUGGUAGUAAACCUACACCAACCCCAGCGCAGAAUGAUUUAACAACGUAUAAAAAAGUUGAGAACAAGGAUACUGGUACAAUUCCAAAGACGUUUAAGCCUGUAGACAGUCAAAGUAACUUUAAUAGACAGCAACAAACUCCGAGGAACGCGGAGGAUAAGCUUAAAAAGUCUAAAAGUAAGAGUAAAAAGAAGAACAGAUAUAGAUAUUCAGAGUAUGAACCGUAUGAUAGCUAUACAUCAAAUGAUUAUAUUACGGAGAGACGUGAAAAUUAUGUAGAAACGCCGACGGAAUCAAUACAAGAGUUGAAUGAGAAAUCACUUUCAUCAUUAUCAAAUACUUCAACAAAAUCUCAGCCUGUAUCUUCGAACAAACUUCAAGAACCAGUUGUGGAAUCAAAACAGUUUAUGUUGGAUAAAAAAUCGCCAUCAUCACCAAAUAUGUCUAAAGAAACUCGACCAGUUUCUUCGAGUGGAGUUCAAAAACAAACUGUGGAAUUAAAACAGGUAGAUUCAGAUAAAAAAUCAUCAAUAUCACCAAAUAAUUUGAAAGAAACUCGACCAGUAUCUGUGACUGGGCUUCAAAAAGGAACUGUGGAAUUAAAACAAGUAGAGCCAGAUGAAAAAUCAUCAGCAAGUACGUCGAAAGAAACUCGACCAGUUUCUUCGAGUGGAGUUCAAAAACAAACUGUGGAAUUAAAACAGGUAGAUUCAGAUAAAAAAUCAUCAAUAUCACCAAAUAAUUUGAAAGAAACACGACCAGUAUCUGUGACUGGGCUUCAAAAAGAAACUGUGGAAUUAAAACAAGUAGAGCCAGAUGAAAAAUCAUCAGCAAGUACGUCGAAAGAAACUGGACCAGUAUCUUCAACCGAAAUUAAAGACCAAGCUGAAGAAUUAAAAACUUCGAAGGUGAAUAAACCAUCAAUACCAUCAGAUACUCUUGAAAAAAUUAGAGUAGUGCCUUUGAGUGAUCUUCAAGACCAACAACCUAAGACAUCAAAGCAGUCUAAAGUAGAUAAAAAAUCAGCGAGUGGUUCAAAAAAAAAUCGAGCUGGGCCUUCGAGAGAAUCUCAAGAACAAUCUGUGGUCUCAAUAGUUCAGGAGUUGGAUCAAAAACCAUCAACGUCAUCUAAUACUUCAAAAAAAAGUCAAGUGUUAUCUGCGGCUGAAAUUAAAAAACAAAUUGCGCUGUCGGAAGCAGAACAGUUAGCGUUAAAUCUAGAGCCAGUAUCAUUAUUCAAAGACUUAGACAAAAAGGAAAAACACCCACAUCAAAAAGAAAUAGAAGCGGGCGAAAAAAAAUUACGUGAGUUGAAGACAAACUUACAGAGGGAACGUGAAUACUCAUCAUCACCACCAUCAUCGAAUGCAGCAACUCAACUGAUACCUUCGAGCGAACUUCAAGAACAAGCUUCGGAAGAUCCGGAAAAAGAAGAAAAAAGGAAAAUUUUAGAAGAAUUUCUAGAAGAUCCUUUAAACGAUAAGGAUGCAAUUUUUCCUCAGGAUCAUCAAAUAUUCCAAGUACUGGUGGAUCAAAAUAGAGAAAUAGUAAUUGAUAAAGUGUAUGAUGUAUAUACAAAAAACGGGAUGAGUAAAUUUAGAGCUGAAGUCGAUGAAAAGUCACAAAUGAGUGACCCACAGCUCAUAAGAUCUUUCUUCUUGCAAAAAUUUACAUUUCUAAGUCCAAGUCAAAUUGACAAUCUUGACACCGUUAAAGAAUCAGCAGAAAUAGUUUCAGAAGUUGUAAUCACUCCUAAAAUUACAGCUGAUAAAAGCGAAUCAGAUGUAAAAUAUUAUAGCAAAGAUUUAACUAUCACAGGUAAAAUUGUUUUAGACGAUCCAGGUUUCAAAAUUUGUACUGAAGAGUCUACAGUUGAUGAGACUGAAAAAAUUUCACAGCUUGUAUUUCAAAAAAAUGAAAAAAAUUUAAUUGAUCACUUGGAAUGUAAUCCUGAAGCUCCGAUUCAUAUUAUACCAGAGUAUAAUAUUGAGAAGAAUACUGAGAUUAAGCUUGAGAUAGAAAAAAGUGAAGUGAAACCACCAGAAGAAACACUUUUAUCAAAUCUGUGCUCAAUUAAAAUAAUACAAUACGGUCGUGAGUUUCUUAUAAGCCUUAGAAAUUCUCCUUACAGUAAAAUCCGGCCAGAAAAUUUACCGGACAUGGAAGUUAUCAAUCAUAAAUUAAACUACGAAACAAAUUAUAGUACUCCAUUAAAUUUACGGGCUUUUCCAGAGCCAUCAUUUAAAGUUCCUGAAUACUUUAAUCCCUUUCCUUUUAGGUCAUUUUCUUCAAAAACGAUUUUACCUUCAAGAAAUAAUACUCAAGAAAUAAAAUCAAAGCCCUUUGAACCACUAUUGAUACAACUCACAUUGUCACAGCCUGAAGAUGUAAAGUUACGUCAAAUAAAAAAUGCAUGGAAGCCGUCUGUUAAGAAAAAUAAUUCAUCAGAAGAAGACCGAGGAAAUGCAAAAUCGGUUUAUAAAAAAGUCCGUAGCGUAUUGAACAAGCUAACACCUGAGAAUUUUACUAAACUUGUGGGACAAAUAAAAGAUUUAGAAAUAGAAAACGAGGAGGCAUUAGAAAAAAUUAUCGACUUGGUAUUUAAUAAGGCUAUCGCUGAACCAAAUUUUGCCGUAGGCUACGCUUCAAUGUGUAACGAACUUAGUCAUUUAAAAAUUCGUAAUUCAAAUACAGAUGAUAAAAAAAAUUUAAGGCAAUUUCUUAUUAAUCGGUGUCAAGCUGAAUUUGAAAAAGCUGCUUCUGAUGAAGCUAUUAAACAACAAAAAUUAGAAGAAAUAAAACGCUGUAGAGAUUCUGAAGAGAAGAAAAAAUUACAAGUAAGUCUUGAAGAGUACGAUUAUCAGAUAAGAAAAAGAUCAGUUGGGAUUAUUAAAUUUAUUGGGGAAUUAUUUAAAAACAAAAUGUUGACUCGAAAAAUAAUGCAGGCGUGUAUGAAUCAACUUUUGAGCACUCCUGAUGAAGAAAGAUUGGAAUGUUUGUGUAAAUUGUUGACGACUAUUGGAAAGUUAUUUGAGGAAAAAAAUAGUUUGGAAAUUUAUAUAAAACAGCUGAAAAAUUUAGCGAAACAGAACACGGAGUAUAAAAUCAGCUCGAGAAUUAAAUUUAUGAUUCAAGAUGUUGUUGAGUUGAGACUCAACAACUGGGUCUCUCGUCGCAAUGAUUCUAAUCCAACAACUAUGGAUCAAUUGCAGAGAGAUGUUGAACAGGAAGAGCGUAAAAAUUUCUAUCCUAAUACACCUCAAGAAUUGAAUCGUAGGAACGAUCGUACACCUUAUCAAAACCGUCAGCAAAAUGAUCGUGUCACUCCUCAAAGCACAAGGUACAAUGAAGACCUUUUUACCCCAAAAGAUACCUACAGUAGUAAGCAAAGAGGUUAUUUUAACAGUGGAAGACGGAAUAGUCGAGUUAGUUUAAGGCCUGAGAGUGAAAGGCAGAGUGAGUCUAAGUCAAAAAGUGGAAUUAAUUUAUCAAUAAAACCUCAACUGGAAGAUACUAAUGUUCUGGGGAAUAGAAACGCUUAUAUAUGGAACAAAACUCCGUCGAUGCACACGCCCACGGAGACUUACAACCCAUACAGUUUGUUGGACACGCCUAACUUGGCGGUGGACAGAGAUAGACUGUCUGUUAAUAUUACGGGGUCACGCUCGGCUGGUCCGAAAGAAUAUCGCAGCAAUUCUUCUUGGAGAGGAGGACGCUCUUCGUAUAAUAGUACUCAUCAAUCCACCAGUAGCGGCUCUUUGAAACGAGAAUCGUUGUCAAUAAAUACGAUUUCGCCUAGCAUACAAAGUACUAAAAAUUUAUUCCAGCCGGAGUUUAAGUCGCAAAGUAAUCUGCCGUUUGUAUCUUCGUCUAAAUCAAGCAGCAAUAGCAGUAAUGUCAGUGAUAAGCCUCAACAAACUGAAAGAGAAGAAGAGGUGAAAGAUUAUUCUAAGGUCUUUAAUGAUAUUUUGGACUGCUGCUAUAAUUCUACCGAUGCUGCAUUCAUUGAAGAAAUUGAAAAAGUGUUGAAGGAGUUGAAAACUUCUGCAUUUGCGAGCUUUCUUCAAGAAACAACAUUAAAAGUUUUUGAAGACUCCUGUUCAAAAGCUCUUACAAGAUAUUCAUUAAUGCUGUCUCAUAUGAUAAAGAUUAAAUUUAUUUCUUUCUUAUUGUUUCAAACUGAGUAUCAAAAAAUACUUGAGACAGUUGAUGAUAUGAUAUUGGAUAUUCCUCACUGUUUGACCCAUCUUUCACACCUUCUAUUAGAAAUGUUAAUAUCUGGCCUUCACCCGUUUGCUGAAUUAAAGCAAACGUUGUCUUCUCUGAAGAAUAAAGAACAAAGAAGAAAGAUUUUUGGGGAAUUGUUGUCGCUUUUGAGAAAUAGUCAAGGAUCCGAAUGGUUAGCGGAUCAAUGGAGUAAAAGCGAAUUACUGUGGACUGAUUUUCUUGAUCUCAACGGAGAACAGCUUGAUGAAUUUAUAAAUAUGUACAAGUUGGAUUGUCUUAAGGAUGUUUGUAAUAAUUCUGAAAGAAUUUCAUCGACAGAAUUGAGUUUUACGGAAAUUCAGAAUCAUUUAGUCGGGGUUUUAUCAAUAGAUGAUUUUGAUAAUGUUGUCUCUUGGAUAUCUGCAAAUGUCGGUGCGAGAUCCGAGAAGCCUCAAUUUGUGUAUUAGCUCGUAUCGUCAGUAUCUUAUGCACUGAAUCAAUCAUAGCAGAUGAGGCAUUUUUAGCGUGGCGAGAAAGUACAGAAGAAACCGAAGUUCAAGGUCGCGGAACUGUCAUAUCAGCCCUUCGGUCAUUUUUCGAUCAUCUUUCGUUAUUUCUAGAAAGCGAUAAAACUUGA